AUUUAAAUGAAUAAAGAGGAAAAAUAAGUACGUGUUUAUGCAGAUGGCGUAUAUGAUAUGUUUCAUUAUGGACAUGCACGCUAAUUAGAGCAAUGCAAGAAGCUUUUUCCAAACACUUAUUUGAUAGUUGGAGUGUGUUCUUAGGAAGAUGUCGAGAAAUUUAAAGGAAAAUCGGUAAUGGAUGGAUACUAAAGAACUGAGAGUGUAAAACACUGUAAAUGGUAAGGGGAAAUUAUUAUUUUUAAGGGCUGAUGAGGUUGUCUAUCCUGCUCCAUGGAUAAUCGAUGAGAAAUUCCUAAAUGAUCAUCAGAUCGAUUAUGUUGCUCAUGAUGAUAUUCCAUAUUAGACUGCAGAUGUGGAUGAUGCUUAUGCUUUGUGCAAGAAACUUGGAAAAUUCAAGGUAUGAUAAAGAUACAUAUAUGAAUAUAGGCAACUAAAAGAACUGAAGGGAUAUCAACUACUGAUAUUAUUGGAAAGAUCUUGAAGGACAGACACAAAUAUCUUAAAAGGAAUAUUGAGAGAGGAAUGAGUAGACAGGAAUUAGGUAUGGGAUUUUGGGAAUACUUUUAAUUAAAAUAUGAUUGGCUAUUUUGCUAAAGGAGAAAAAGAAAGCAAGAUUGAUGAUAUUGGUAUAAUGUAU